UUGGAUUCCUCAAGUCUCAGCAGGAUGAAACUGAACUCCAUCAAUGAGGGUUUUCUCACAGAUCCUAAAUAUGCAGAGGAGGAGGACCUCAGCUCAAAACUGGAAAUGUUUAAAAACAAAUACAUGGAAUUUGAUCUCAAUGACCAAGGAGACAUUGACAUGAUGGGGCUGAAGCGCAUGUUGGAGAAGCUGGGUGUGGCAAAGACUCACUUGGAGCUGAAAAAGAUUAUGUCAGAUGUGGUUGGCAGUGCUGCACGAGACACGUUCUGUUACACAGACUUUCUCAAUAUGAUGCUAGGGAAGAGGAAUUCCAUACUCCGACUGAUCUUGAUGUUUGAGGAGAAAGGGAAAGACCAGGAGCCCAAAGAGAGUGGACCACCGCAACGCAAGACUUUUUCAGAUCUGCCCUGAAGGCACUUACGUUAUGGAUCCAAUCUGUUCAUAUAAAAACUGAAUGUCAAAUGAACUGGGUUAUACAGGUUUCAUUGUAAGGAAUAAAGAAAGGUUUGAUUGA